AUUCGCUCGAGAUAUGCAGAGUGCUUAAUGGUAUGUGGCAGACCAGCGGCGGCUGGGGUAGAAUCGACAGAGACGACGCCGUUGAGGCCAUGCUUCGGUACGCCGACGCUGGUCUCUCCACCUUCGACAUGGCGGACCACUUUCAAUCAAGAGGAGUGCUAAGUAUAGUAGACUAAUUGGGAAGGGCAAAACGGUUGCAAGGCCAUUUGUAUGCUUGUUAACUGAUGAUAAGCAGCGAGUUGUAGUGAAAAAUGGAAAAGAUUCACUGGACAUUUGCAGAGUGGUUAAUGGAAUGUGGCAGACUAGUGGUGGUUGGGGCAGAAUUGAUCGAGACAAUGCAGUCGAGGCCAUGCUUCGAUACGCAGAUGCUGGACUUAACACUUUCGAUUUGGCUGAUAUAUAUGGACCUGCUGAAGAUCUUUAUGGUAUUUUCAUUAACAGAGUACGUAGAGAGCGCCCACCGGAGUAUCUGGAAAAUGUCAGGGGUCUUACUAAAUGGGUGCCUCCACCGGUCAAGAUGACUAGUAGCUUUGUUCGCGAGAACAUUAAUGUCUCAAGGAAGAGAAUGGAUGUUGCCUCUCUAGACAUGCUUCAGUUUCAUUGGUGGGACUAUUCAAAUCCUGGCUACCUUGAUGCUCUUAAACACCUUACAGAUUUGAAGGAAGAAGGUAAGAUUAAGACAGUUGCUUUGACUAACUUUGAUACGGAGAGGUUGCAAAAGAUUCUGGAGAAUGGGAUUCCAGUUGUUAGCAACCAGGUACAACAUUCAAUUGUUGACAUGCGCCCUCAACAGAAAAUGGCAGAGCUUUGUCAGCUCACUGGAGUUAAACUUAUAACAUACGGAACAGUGAUGGGUGGACUGUUAUCUGAAAAGUUCCUCGACACCAACUUAACAAUUCCUUUUGCUGGCCCUCCACUGAAUACUCCUUCACUGCAGAAGUACAAAAGGAUGGUUGAUGCCUGGGGGGGAUGGAAUCUUUUCCAAGUUUUGCUUCAGACCCUGAAAAGAGUAGCUUCCAAACACGGGGUUUCAAUUCCCGCAGUUGCUGUGAAAUACAUCCUAGAUCAGCAAGCUGUGGCAGGAUCAAUGGUAGGUGUCAGGCUUGGUCUCGCGGAACACAUCAAAGACACCAAUGCUAUCUUUUCCCUUGUUCUUGAUGAAGAAGAUGUAAGCAGCAUAUUGGAAGUUUCAGAGAAAGGCAAAGAUCUCAUGAAAAUAAUCGGCGACUGUGGCGAUGAGUAUAGACGCGUGUAAAGCUGACUGCAUGAUUUGAUAUAUGUUUCUGAAUCACCCAUAUUUGUAGCAAAAAGUGUUUUUUUUUUUUUUUUCCGUCAAAGAAACGUGUUCAUGUAGCAUCUUGUUUUUCUUUGCUUAUUGAUGAUAUCCAAAUGUAAAACUUUUUGUCCGAACCAAGUUCGAAACCUCCAACCAAUCAUAUUACGAGAAUUUUUUUAUUUGAACCAA